AUGGAAAAGGUCUGGUUUAAACUUCGACAAACACACUAUCCGCCGGGUCCUGAAGAUGCCAUCCUUGCUGGCAAUGGAGACGACUCGCAAGCCCCGCUGUGCCUAGGCCAUUGUGUCGCAGACCUUAAGCACAUAGACUUCCCCAUCAAUUCCGGCGCCAUCGUACCAUUUCUCACACGCAUGCGAGUCUUUCCUUCACACAUCUUGAAUUUUGACUGGGAGCGCAAGCGCGGUUUCCUAACCUCUGCUGCGCUCGGCGCCGGUGCACCCGCUGCCGCAGCAUUGGGCAUGCUUACUGCCAAGGCCAGCAUCAAGCUCGCGUUCCAAAGGUCAAUAACCCAGCACGAGCACUAUUCUCGCCUCGAUACGUACAUCGUACAGCCUACUCGCCUCUAUGUCGAACAGUGCCUCGAAAGAGACGAGCUGAAGAAGCAUAUUGGCAAUCAAUCGAACUGGUCGUUCUUUAUGAUUACAGGGAUCAAGGUUGCAAGAGCGGGGCAGCGGUCUGAAGAGAUCACCAAGUUCGUAGAAGUUGGUGGGGGCCCGGAAUUACAUGUACCCGGCGUGGCAACAGGCCAAGCUACAACCGAAAAUGGCGUCGAUAGGACAGAGAAUACCAAAGAAGACGAGGUCUCGGACUUUAUCUGGGCAAUCCGCCUUGCCAAGGUGCACAAAGGGAUUCUCAUGACCGACUGGUCUCUUGACCCCUAUACGCACCGCGCUACCUUCGAAGUAGGCGGCGGGAAGCAGAUAGAUGUCGCAGCUAUUCUCAAGAGAGAAGGAUUGAGCUCCUUCCAGGUCAUUGAAGAUGACGAGCUUCAAGAGGCUGUUGUGUUGGACGCUGGCGACUGGGCUGAGGCUUGA